AUGGAGCCGUCGCCGUCGCCACCGCCGCCAGUGCAAACGACUGCACCCCGACCGGGGCCCCCGGAGACCGCGGAGGCCCGUUUGACGGAAUUUAAGAGGAUGUUGGAGGAGAACUGUGAAAGAAUGUCCCAGGAGGAGGCUCAUCUCGAGGAUCUACUUAACCGAUCGCGAACCAUCGAGAGGGACGUGAGUGUUUUUAAUUCUUCAGAAAAGACUCAUUUGCAUACCCUCUGA